AUGAGUGCUAUCAACUAUAGAACUGGAUCUCUCAAACCUCCUGCUAAACCAAAACAUUUGUCUCAAUUGAAAGAGUUUAUAGCUCCUGGGGAAAAGAUCUUCCAAGAUAAAGACGUCAGCGAUUACGACCGGCUCUUCGACGACAAGAAAGAGCUGGAACAAAGGCUGUUGUUGAAGAAACAAGAAUUCAAUGCGAAAGUGGAAGAGCUCUCUGCCCUUCGAUCAGCCAAGGCGGAGGAGAUCGGCUCGCUUCGAUCGAGAACGGCAGAGACGAUCUCAAAUCUCAGGUCCGAGAACAAGGCGCUGUUUGAAGGGUUCGAGAAGAGGGUCAUAUUGUGGGAUACGGGGAAGAUUAAGCAAACGGAUCUCGAGAACAAGCUAGUGAAGCUGUAG